UGGAAGCUCGUAUUUACAUUUUAAGUCUAUCUGGUGAGGGGGCUGGAGCCUGCGCCUGGGCCGGGGGGUAGCGGGACGCCCUCCGAUCCGCUUCCUAGUCGCUUCUCUUCCUUUUUUCUCAGCGUUCUAACCAGCCGCGACCAUGCCCAGGAAGAAGGCGGCGGCGGCGGCGGCGGCGGCCUGGGAGGAGCCGAGCUCGGGCAACGGCACGGCCCGCGCCGGGCCCAGGAAGCGCGGCGGCCCGGCGGGCAGGAAGCGCGAGCGGCCCGAGCGCUGCAGCAGCAGCAGCGGCGGCGGGAGCAGCGGCGACGAGGACGGCUUGGAGCUCGACGGGGCCCCCGGCGGGGGCAAGCGCGCGGCGCGGCCGGCGGCGGCGGCGGGUGGCAAGACGGCCGGCGCGGCCGUGGUCAUCACCGAGCCCGAGUACACCAAGGAGCGCGUCAAACUUGAAGGCUCAAAGUGCAAAGGGCAGCUUUUGAUUUUUGGGGCAACCAACUGGGACCUGAUUGGUCGGAAAGAAGUGCCUAAGCAACAAGCUGCUUACCGGAACCUUGGUCAGAAUUUGUGGGGGCCGCACAGGUAUGGGUGCCUGUCGGGGGUCCGGGUGCGGACGGUGGUCUCGGGAUCCUGUGCUGCACACAGCCUUCUCAUCACCACAGAAGGGAAGCUGUGGAGCUGGGGUCGUAAUGAGAAGGGGCAGCUGGGACAUGGCGACACCAAGAGGGUGGAAGCUCCCAGACUCAUCGAAGGGCUGAGCCAUGAAGUGAUUGUGUCUGCAGCGUGCGGGCGCAACCAUACCCUGGCACUGACAGAAACGGGCUCUGUGUUUGCAUUUGGAGAGAACAAGAUGGGACAGCUGGGCCUUGGCAACCAGACCGAUGCUGUCCCCAGCCCGGCACAGAUAAUGUACAACGGCCAGCCAAUUACCAAGAUGGCCUGUGGGGCCGAAUUCAGCAUGAUAAUGGACUGCAAAGGAAACCUGUAUUCCUUUGGGUGCCCUGAAUAUGGUCAGCUGGGCCACAACUCGGACGGGAAGUUUAUUGCCCGCGCACAGCGGAUAGAGUACGACUGCGAGCUGGUGCCGCGGCGCGUGGCCAUCUUCAUCGAGAAGACCAAGGACGGGCAGAUCCUGCCGGUCCCGAACGUGGUGGUGCGGGACGUGGCCUGCGGUGCGAACCACACGCUGGUCCUGGACUCACAGAAGCGCGUCUUCUCCUGGGGCUUUGGUGGCUAUGGGCGGCUGGGCCACGCGGAGCAGAAGGACGAGAUGGUGCCCCGGCUGGUGAAGCUCUUCGACUUUCCUGGCCGUGGUGCCUCCCAGAUCUACGCCGGCUACACCUGCUCCUUUGCCGUCAGUGAAGUGGGUGGACUGUUUUUCUGGGGCGCCACCAACACCUCUCGUGAAUCUACCAUGUACCCGAAAGCUGUCCAGGACCUGUGUGGCUGGAGGAUCCGGAGCCUGGCCUGUGGGAAGAGCAGCAUCAUAGUAGCCGCCGACGAGAGCACCAUCAGCUGGGGCCCCUCGCCAACCUUUGGGGAGCUGGGCUAUGGGGACCACAAGCCCAAGUCUUCCACCGCAGCCCAGGAGGUGAAGACUCUGGACGGCAUCUUCUCCGAGCAGGUUGCCAUGGGCUAUUCACACUCCUUGGUGAUAGCGAGAGACGAAGGCGAGUCCGAGAAAGAGAAGAUUGGGAAGCUGCCGGAGUACAACCCCCGGACCCUGUGAGGGCGGGCGGCUCCCCCCCGGCAGCUGCGGCCCCGCGGGCACUGGGACCAGCGCGUGGACGCGGAUGGGGGCGAGCGAGGCCAGUGCAGGUGCACUUCUGUUAGACCCCCUGAGGUUCCGUUUUAUAAGUGAUUCAACGUUAACUACCUUUUUCUGUAUGCUUUCCAAAGUGGGUUUUUUUUUUCCUCCUCCUAAUGUUUAAUUAAAAUAUUCGCUCCUAGUUCUCACCAUUCCUGUAAAAGAGGCAGAAGCCUUGAGCAAUCUUUUUUUUUUUUUUCUUCUUCCAAAUCGUGUUUUUCUCACUCUAGGAUCCACAUCCUAGGCAGCCCUUCCCAGUGGUAAUUAGCGCAGUGCUGUCUGGGAGACGAUUGCCAGAAACGGGGUCCCCUAGGGGGCCGGCGCCGUGAGCCUGGCCAGUCCCUUGCGCCCCUGUCCUACCUUUUUUCUCCAAGACCGCCCCACUCCUGCUCCCCUCCCCCUGCUGGCGUUUACUGCCGCCUGCAACCCCUCGGCUGCUCGUGGGCUCCUGCAGCAUCCCAGAUUCUGGCAUGUCCCCCUGGUGGGGGCUGGGGUAUGUAUGCAGUCAUUUUUAUCUCCUUUAGCUAUCAAAGUCUAGAUGCAAAUCAGGUGAUGGGGACACUUCUGUGUCUGCCUGGGGGACUGGCUGUGCGGCCCCCCCUCCCUGCGGCCAGGGUGCGGCCCUGCCGAGAGACCGAGGAGCAGCAGUGCCAGCAGCCAUGCAAAGAAGGACCGGCCACUCCGCUCUGCCCGCUGGACCCGCCCGAUCCCACCACACUGUUCCCUGCUCGGCUGGCGGUAGCUGUGCGUACUCGGCUGCGGUACCAAAUAGUUGGGGUUACCGAAGAGGCCCCGCCCCGCCACAUGUAGGCGUGGACAGCACGGCUGCCGCCCGUCUCCCUGCCAAGUGCCCUGUGCCCGAGCUCGUCACUGGCAUCGUGUGCCCUGCGGUGAUGAGGUGCCUUCCCCGGAACCCUCCUCUCCCUCGGGCCCGUGUGCCGUGGCAGCCCUGGUUGGCAGAGGGUCUGGACUGGUUUGGGUGCUUUAAGUAGACUUGUAGUUGCGCGGUGCUUCUGGGAAGAUGGGGAAGGGCUUGGGCGUGAGACUCGGGUGGAUGGAAAAGUGAUUACUGGUCUUUUUGGAAAACUUUGGCUUUUUGCUAUUAUUACCGCUUGUCACUGUCCAUGUUAAAAUGCCAAAAAUGAUCCUAGUCAUUGUUGCUUUUUUUUCCUAUUUUCCCACUCCGGCCACCUGCAGGGGCUGCUCCUGUGGGCUGUGGCUGGCACCUGCUCCGGCCUGGAACCGCCCCGGGCUUCACAGAGGGCAAGGUGGCACCUUGCAGGCUGCCUUCACGCUCAGCUCUGUUGACCUGGUCCCAGCAGCUUUGGGGCCUCUGCUGGCCUGACCCGAUGGACCCACACCACCAUCGCACUCUUGUGGGACCUGCUGACUGCCGCGAGCUCUUCGCUGGCUCGGGGCUCGGACGGAGUGCCCUCCCGAGAAGGUUAAGCGCACAGUUGCAGAGGCCGAGCUGGGCCUGGAGCUUCCGGUGGGUGAAACGGACCAGCCACUGCAGCCCCUUCACGCCUGCCGCCCUGCUCCUCCCCUGCCAUCCCCUCCUGCUUCAGAGCUGGAACUGAAGUUCCUUCCGAGAAGGAGGGUUGGCUCCUGCACUCCUGGAGAGGGACACGUGGCUCCACUCCCCGCAGCCAGGCUGCUGUACUGACCCCCGCUAGCGGGCGAAGUGGACCUGGACGGGCUAGAGGGAAUGAAGUCUGAGGGCGGGGCGGGGCGGGGGGCGCGGUUCGGUUGAAGGUGCCUGGUUUAGUGCUGUAAUUGUCUUAUUUUUUUUUAUAUAUAUAUUUCUUGGAGUCAACAUUUUGAAUAAACUGCAUCAUUGUUUACUCGG